GUCACCAAUGGCAAAUCACGUAAUUAAUAGUAAUAAAAAUAUUCGGGUCCAUUUACUCUUCCUCCUCCUCCCUCCACUUUUCUUCACGUCUCUCUCUCCAUGGGAAAUGCGAACGGCAAAGAAGAAGACGGCGAUGCCACGUCAUCUUCGGCGAUUACGAAGGCCGGCGAUCCUUACUCCCACACUCGUCAACGUCGUCCUUCCUCAGAAUCUAUGAGCAGUUCUCCUCCGGGAAGCCCAGCUCGAUCUCCUUCUCCUUUCUUAUUCGCUCCUCAGGUUCCAGUGUCUCCAUUGCAGAGGACAAACGCCCCUCCUUCGCCUAAUAAAAUCCAAUGGAACCAAUCUCAAAGAAUUUUUGAUAUUCCGGAAGAGCAAGGGAUCCCUAUUAUCAUUACAUGGAACCAGGGAGGUAAUGAUGUGGCAGUGGAAGGAUCUUGGGACAACUGGAGAUCAAGGAAGAAGCUGGAGAAAUCUGGAAAAGACCACUCAAUUCUCUUUGUCCUUCCAUCUGGCAUAUACCACUACAAGGUGAUCGUCGACGGUGAAUGCAAAUACAUCCCAGAUUUGCCCUUUGUAUCAGACGAAAUGGGCAAUGUCUUUAACAUUCUCGAUGUUCAUAACUUUGUGCCAGAAAACCCAGAAAGCAUAGCUGAGUUUGAGGCGCCUCCUUCACCUGAUCAUAGCUACGGACAAGCCCUCCCAACAGCAGAGGAUUUCACAAAAGAUCCACUGGCGGUGCCACCUCAGCUUCGUCUAACACUUGUGGACACUAGUGACGAAACAGGCAAAGCCACAAAGCCUCAGCAUGUGGUGCUUAACCAUGUGUUCAUAGAGCAAGGGUGGAGUCCUCAAUCCAUCGUAGCUUUGGGUUUAACUCACAGGUUCGAGUCUAAGUACAUAACUGUUGUCCUCUACAAACCACUCACACGGUGAACCUAAAACCCAAAUCCAACCAAUGCCACAUUGUCUUCCUUUUUUUCUUCUUAAAUCUGUCAAUUCUGUGAGAACUUUUGUACUUUGAUCAUAGUGAGUGCACAACAUUUCUGAGUCUAAAAACCUUUUUCGUGCCUUGUUGGUGCUGUAUGUAGUACAGAGCUUCUCAAUGUAACAAAGAAAAACCUUAUCUGCUAGCAAUCAGACACUUUAUGCA